UGGCCCGAGCAUACCCACCAACAUUUUUUCGGUUGUUGCAUUUACUAAUUUUACGUUGCCUAAUAGGCAGAAAAUCUCCCAUCAGUCCUUUGGACGGAAGAUUUGCAUGAAAUCGAAACGUCCACAAACUUUGCAGAUCCCCUCUUGCACGGCCUUUUCGAUGAUCCCGACAGCGGUAUUACCUAUCGGUGAACGAGCUGUACCACAAUGAAAGCCCUUCAAGAUAGUGACCUUCACCAAGGUCGACCAGACUUCGCCAUCAAGCGAUAUUGUGGCCUCCAGCCCGUUUCGAACCAUGGAUACGGGGAAGCAAAGGCAGCCGAUCAACGAUACAACAUUUAUUACAUCUGUAUGGAUCUGUAUCGUAUAGGAAUCUUUUGCAGAAAUGCUACCGAAACACAACGCUCGCACAGGAUCUUGGCGAUACAGGUCAUCGGCUUCUCUGUCCAUUUCUACAUCCUUCUGCAGCCUGCCCCCACUAUAUAUACCAUGCUGAAAAUAGGCGAUCUAAGUAUCCCGCGCAGCCUCAAAGAACUGCCUGCAUUGAUCACACGACUCCCGACCAUGCUCACGAUACUGGAUGCCUUUGACGAGUGGUGUGUUGAUGUUAAUGUCGCCGGAUCACCAACUAUCUCCUCGCCAACCCUCUCCAAAGAAACCUUCAGCAGGACAGAAAGCGGCCGUGCAUCCUGAAAAGCCCAUGCAUUUAAUCACCGCUUUUUUCCAGAACAAUAACACACGUUGUCAAGCUUGCUAUGCUACUGCUGCUCGUGAUCCUUUGGUCGCUGUAUGGUCGUAUACUGUGGAGGAUGUCAAGUUUAUUGUGAGGUGAGGAAGGCAACAAAAAGCUGCAAGCAAAAUGGCUGCCUCUGUC